ACAUCAUCAUAAAUGGCUUUCCAGUGCCAGGAUGUAGCGCUUCAUCAAGCUAACAAGCUAGUGUGGCUAGCUGCUCCUUUAAGAACACCAGUGGGUUGCUAGGCAGCAGAACAACAACCAGGCGAGGAUGGCGGAGAAACAGAGUGCAGAUGUCACAGCGUCAGAUAUCCACAAGAAGAUAAAAGCAGCCUUUGAAGCAUUUGACUAUUCCUCUAACAACACAGUGGAUGUCAGGGAGAUUGGCACCAUUAUCUUUUCCCUGGGCUGCUUCCCCACUCAGGCAGACCUACAUGACAUAAUAGCUGAGGUUGAAGAGGACCACACAGGAUUUAGUCACUUGGACAAGUUCCUCCCAGUCAUGACCAAAGUGCUGCUGGAGCACAAGUUCCCUCCCAUCCCUGAGGACCGUCUACUUCAGGCCUUUGAGGUUCUGGACAAAGAUAAGAAAGGCUACCUGGAGCCUGAGGAGCUGACAAAGUACAUGACACAGGAAGGUGAGCGCUUCACUCAGGACGAGAUGGACGAGAUGCUGACAGCACUCACCGACCGUGAGAAGAACCUCGUCUAUUACAAAGACUUAAUCAGCCAGCUGACCAUUGACCCCGACAUGUAGCCAGUGUGUGUGUCUGCUUGAUGAAAAUAUUAGUUCAUGCCUGCAUGUUUUAACCCUUAAUAGGGCACUCAUUGAAAUACUUGCAAAUUCAAAAUUUCAACCCUAGAGAAUAUUGAAGGAUAUUACAUACAGCCAGAAUGUGUAAAAAAAAAACAUACGGACCUGGGGAGGGGGGUAAUAUUUUGAGAAAAAAGUUUACGAGA